AUGUCAUCAACAACUAAUCUGGCAAUAUCAAGUAUGGCCAGACGAAGUGAAACCACCCAAGUAGUAGAAUUUCUUACACAAAGAGAACAACAAAUUUGUCCAGAUGAUAUAGUAGAUGUUUUUAGAGGUGGAAAAACAGCAAAGAUAAAGCAAAAAGGAUGGGACACCUUACCAAUAUAUCCAACUGAAAAAAGAAAAAUACUAAAAACUAAAGAACUGAUCCAGUUGCAUUGGCGGAUUUAA